AUGGCAAGUCGACUCGGAAUCGACAUUGAGCGCCACCACGUCAAGAAGGGCAACCGUACGGCGCCCAAGUCGGAGGACCCGUACCUCCUCCUCCUUGUCAAGCUCUACCGCUUCUUGGCCCGCCGCACCGACUCGCGCUUCAACAAGGUCAUCCUCCGCAGGCUCUACAUGAGCCGCGUCAACCGCCCCCCGGUCUCGUUGUCGCGCAUCGCCCGCCAGGUCUCCAAGUCGAACGCGGCCUUCACCGACAAGCACACCGUCGUCACCGUCUCGACCGUCACCGACGACGUCCGUCUCCUCGAGGUCCCCAAGCUCUCGAUCGCCGCGCUCAGGUUCACCCGCACCGCCCGCGCUCGCAUCGAGAAGGCUGGCGGAGAGUGCAUCACCCUCGACCAGCUUGCGCUCCGCAAGCCCACCGGCGCCAACACCCUCCUCCUCCGCGGCCCCAAGAACUCGCGCGAGGCCGUCAAGCACCGCGGCUCGGGUGUCAACCACGCCAAGCCCUACGUCAUCAGCAAGGGCAAGAAGGAGGAGAACGCUCGCGGUCGUCGCAAGUCGCGCGGCUUCAAGAUCUAA